CCUGACUCGAGGGAUGAGGGAGCUUGUUGAGGGCUUUGCAUGAAGAGGCAGAGAGUAGAGUACAGCCAAGGAUGACUUGCCGACAUUGCCUCGAGAAAAAAGAGUGCCUCACCUGCAAGUUGCCGGCAAGUUUGUCCUUGGCUACAUUUGGCUCUCUUCUUCUCAUGUAAUGCUCUUGCAGGAAUCAGGCCAUGAACCCCAAGCAAGCGAUUAACACUCUCUGCAUGACACUGGAUGAAGGAGCGCAACGUGAGACCCGUCCGGUGGAGCCACGUUCGAAUCCAAUAACAGCGCAGGUAAACCGUCGGGUAGACGAAGAAAUUUGCAUUCAUCGAAUGGUGGAAGAUUGCGUAGGAUUGAAGCUCGAGAUUGCGCGGCAUCUCAAUAAAUUUGGGAAGCGUUAAAGAUUACCAUGGGAUUCCAAUUUGAACUCAUCUUGGAUGCCUGUGGCUCCCCCUCCGUCGUUCUAGGGUUUUCUCCGUCGGAGAGUGCUCUCCAUCUCCCUUCUUUCGUCCAUGGAGUCCCUCUGCAGCUCUGCUGUCACCCCCUGGCGGAUUGAAGCCCCUGUUGUUCGCCGACCAAAGUGCUCAUCCCUAGUUAAAGCCUCAACUUUCCGAUUCUGGCGCGAUAACUGCACAGAAAAGCUCGCUUCUUUGGCACUUUCGGGCCCUCCGCGGAGCCCUCAGAGUCGCGGGGAAAGGUGGCGGGUCCUCGCACACGGAGCCUCCGGAAUUGGCGGAGAAAACAGUGGGGCUUUGACAAAUGGAUUUAGUGUCUUGAUCGACGGUGACCCCGCAUCGAUUCAGAAUGACAUAAUUCAAAAUGGUGGCCAUGAGGAUUGCAUGAGUGGAAAUAUGGAAAUGGUAACACCUGUUACUGCUGGACGUGUAACAACUGGAUCCAAAGCUGGACUCUUCAGGACACCGAUUUCUGGUGGUGUUCAAAGUGCAUUGGCUGUCAAUAACUUACCUCACCCAGCCUUAGCUGUUCACAAUUUAAUGCAGCAGGCCAAGUAUGGUCAACUAUGCACUAUAGUGUCCCGGAUGCAUAAUCGCCGUGAAGGCUACCCAUUUGGUUCGUUGGUAGAUUUUGCACCUGAUCCAAUGGGGCAUCCCAUUUUUUCACUCUCUCCACUAGCAAUCCAUACAAGGAAUCUCUUGGUGAAUUCAAAAUGUUCGCUUGUUGUGCAGAUACCUGGAUGGACGUCACUAUCAAAUGCACGUGCGACGAUAUUUGGUGAUGUCUUCCCUCUUGCAGCUGAUCAGCAGGAAUGGGCUUGUCAGCAAUUUGCGGCAAAACACCAGCAGUGGGCAUCCAAACAAUUGGGCAACUUAUACUAUUACAGGAUGCAGAACAUUAGUGGCAUCUAUUUCAUUGGAGGAUUUGGAACUGUUGCAUGGGUAGAUGUUAAGGAAUAUGAGGCCUCAAAACCUGAUAAAAUUGCUGCUGACAGUGGAGAACAAAAUUUGAAGGAACUUAAUGCACUCUUCUCAAAAUCACUCAAAGAUAGCUUAUCAACAGAAGCUGAGAUAGAUGAUGCUGCUUUUAUUUCCAUAGACAGUAAAGGCACUGAUAUUCGGGUUCGGCAAGGUGCACAGUUUAACGUUCAAAGGAUAUCAUUUGAAGUUGAACAUGAUGUGCAGACACUGGAUGAUGCGAAAGCAGCUCUUGAGAAGAUAAUAAACAGGUAUAACAGGUCAAAAUCACAAACUGGGAGUUGAAUUAGUCUCACCUUAGUACAAGUAUCCCAGUGAUGAUUUCAGAGACCAGCAGAUGCGAGAGGUUUUGCAAGAGACUCUCUUGAUGGUAGCUCUCUGAUAAAUGAACUUAUUCUCCAUCUUUCUCCCCCUUAUUUUGAAUCUUCCACGGUAUCUUUACAUAAUUGCAGACAAAAAUAGGCUUACUCUGCUCAAGUCCAAGUGAUUUAUUGUCUUUAUGAAUUUGAACUGACAAGAGAUUAUGUUGCAAUUUUCAAGCAUAAUCUUAUAAUUUUUCUCUUUUCCAAAACUGUAUUAUUGUGCUACUCCAGUGGAUACUGUAAAACCUCAACAAGAGGUCAAAUGAUUUGUGGUGUCGGUGGAGCUUGUGCUUGGGCUGUAGGCACUUUUGGAGAUUCCUGUAUCAGGUCUCCACCAUGCUGUGUGUGGAGUGGAUACACACUAUAAAAUGCAACUUGUUGUAAUGUUGUUAGUGCUUGGACUGAACCAUAAGAACAAUGGUUUGUCAUCCAUCAAGGCUGGACAAAGCUUGCAGAAGCCUUGUCUCAUGACCUGGUCAAGUAAUAGUGCAAAUCCUCUAAGGUUUCAGAUGUAUCAGUGACCUGCCUCUUUCUUUUUUAGUGUGUCUCUGAAUCAAUAGCAAGCCAAGGGUUUAUAAUCUGUAGCUUUAUGGCCACAGUGACCAUGGCACUGUGAGCUCAUUUUUUGAUGACCAGGAACCUGAGACUCAUCUCUUCUGUGAAGCUUGGAACAAGAAAAUGAUCUUGUUUUUCCAUGGGGAAAAUUUUCUGAUGGUCCUGCAGACAUUUCAUGCUUGCGGUGGUGGUCCAGCAAAGAAGGGGGACCAACCAACAAAUUGCAUGUCAAUGCGGUCCUGCAACAUGUCUAACAGAUUCAGCAUGUAAUUUGUCUGGACCGGCUGUCGGCACCGGUCAUGAUGUAUUAUUGAGGAAAGGAAUGGAUGUCAUGAUAAUAAUGUAUUAUUGAUGAAAGGAAUGGAUGUCAUGACGAGGAAAGGAAUGGAUGUCGGGCAAUCGCAGUCGCGAUCAACCCGAUUGUUAAUGUACAAAAUCUUACCUUUUUUUUUGGAUAAAAUAAAAAGAUCUUAAAACACUUUUAGCA